AUGCCGGAACUUGCAAGGACUGCAUGUUGCCGUUGCCGGGAACAGAAAUUGAGAUGCUCUCGAGAACUCCCAACCUGUGCCAGAUGUCUCAGACUCAGCGCCGUCUGCGAGUUUCCCGCGCCUCCAGAUCGCAAAGUUCUCGCCGCCUUCCGUGCACAACCAAAGAAGCGCAAGCUGGAGCGCAGCGCCAGUGACCGGUCUCCACGGAGAAACAGUCACUCAGCAGUCCCUAAACCUAGCCUCGCCAGCCCUGUGUCUCAGCCCGCGAACCACAAUACUGGUGCUUCUGCAGAAGAGCGCCCUGACUCUGUCCUUCCUCUAUCGAGGUCACAGGAGAAGUUCUUGCAAGACGUCUACUUCACCUGCAUGUUCAACUCGACUUUGGUCUUCCACAGACCCACGUUUUCCGGGGCGUGGGAAGACGGACGGCUUCCACGACAUGUCCUACUCGCCGUCUACGCAACGGCUACAAUUUUUCUGCCCUUCGAUUCGCCUCUUGCACAGCAGAAUGCAGCCCUUCUCCAACCACUAGGCGAUCUGACAGCCCUGGGAAGACAAUGGGCUAUUCGUGCUGGGAAAGAAGUGCUCCAAGACAUUGAUCAGCCCACGUUCGAGAGUGUCCAAACCUGUGAGAUGCUCACAUUGUAUUGGUUCUCGGCCGGCGAAUCCCAGAGAAAUACCAUGUUCUCCGGUAUCGCAUACAAAGCAGCUUGCACCCUGGGCUUGGACUUGUCAGAGCCGCUGACCGCAACCGGGGAGAGCCCUGCAUCUGGAAUAAGUCCAAGCUGGCUAGAGGCAGAGGCAGUGCGGCGUUGCUUUUGGGCCGUCUGGUUUACGCAAUGCAUCAAUUCUGACCAUUCGGUUGUUGGCACUACCUACAACGAUCGGGUCAUGAAUCUGUCUCUGCCAAUAGCCGAGAAUUCCUUUCACGAAGCUGUCCAACAGCCACUGAAAAAUCUUUCCAGCGUUCUCCAGCAGCACUCGACCUUUGCGAGCCAGACACACGCUGCGCCUAGCAUUAUGGCUGAACUCAUGACUCUAAUCUUUUAUUGGGUUAGGAUACGCAAUCUUGUCCGAGUCACGGAUCGCAUCUCUGGCAGAGACUGGCUAGCGGAGCUGUUUGAGCUAGAAGGCAGACUGUCCGCGUGGUAUUCACAACUUCCCGAAUCCUUGAAAUACUCCAAGCGAAAUUUGUACGAGCAGUUGGUGGUUCUUCAGCAGCCGGUCUACACCUUUGUGCAUGCGCUUUACCACCAGUGUCGUCUUGUCCUUCAUUCGUCCUUGGUUCCGAAAUUCAGCGGUAUUCGUCUCGACAGGGCAGUUCCAUCAGAGGCAACAGCCCUCUGUGCUCGAAUUGCCCUGAAGAGCGCUCAACGCAUAUCCGAGCUGGGUGCAGAUAUCCUAGCUCUUGAUUGGGACCCUGCCCAAAUAGCAUCUUUCGUUGGGUAUUGUAUGUACGUUUCAGCGUCGAUCCACAUCGCCUUUCUCUGCUCCAGAGAUGCAACGCUCGCAGUUCCCGCCAGAGCCAAUUUGAUGGCCAGUCUAAAGUUGCUCAAGUCGAUGAAGAUGUAUUGGACAAACUUGAAGAGACUGUGGGUCCGAAUCAAUUUGCUCUACGGAGCUCAGAUGGAGAGACGUUUGGCUUCGGCAAGAGAAGGGCUGGCAGGGUCCGCAGAAGCGCACCUCACCGAGCUCGAUGAAUUAGCAGGUGAACCACGGGAUGUUGGUCAAUUGGCCGAGCCUCUUGCCGAUUCCGUCCUGGAUUAUACACUAAGGCGACUCAGACCAGAUAGGGUCGUCCUUUCUCCGGCUGCUCAAGCACUCAAAAGACAGCCUUGUCCGGACGACUUAUCUCAAUUGAUGGACGAAGACUCAAGCUUAUCGCUAAACCCGUCCUCCCAGUCGGCUAGGCCAGAAGGUCCAUUACCUUCGGUAGGUCUGGAUCAGUCUAAUUUUCUUACCUCUACAGCUCCACAAAUAACCGGUGCCUGGGACCGCAUGCGGACUCCGACUAUGCAGCCUCUGAACAGCGACGGCCUGGACUGGUGGGAGAUGACUCUGGACAGCAUCCAACAGCCGAUAUUGCCGUAUGAAGAACUCUUCAAUCUGGAUUUCAACUUAUCAUAG